GUCAAUCAAAUUGAAGUCUCGCACCUGUCAAUAAAUGACGUCACAAAUAGUAAUGGAGGAUAUUGGAGACACCCGAGUUGGUUAAUUCGUACUGUUUUUUAGGUCCCUUUGCAACCUUGGACAAUCACAGAAUGAGUUCUGACAAGGUUGAACACCUGUCUUCUGUUCAUAACAAUCCAUUUAUACGCCAGUUUGGAUUGCCUCAACACAAUGCUCGUCAGGAGCCUGCAGAUUCUGAGUACUCCAUUCCAAGUUCAGCAAGUAGUGACAGAGGAGACGAUGAUCCGGAACAAGAGUACCAUGUUAACUCAGGAUUUGUCAACAAAUUACGCUCAAAGUUUGCUCAGCUAGAGAAUAAAAGUACCAAAGUAACACUCUCAAGAAAGUCUGCUAGUGUUGAAAAUCUUUUGAGUAUAUCUGGUAGUAGCUCAAAAGAAUCGGUCAGUAAACUUCCUCCAUGGCAAAGAGAUGAUUCUUCCGUUUCACAAAGUAACACUAAGGUAGAUUUCCGUAAACCUGUAGGUUAUAAACCACAAAUAAAAGGCAGGCCUAGGAGUUAUGACCUGGAAAGCACAGAUUCGAAUAAGUCUGUUUCAGCCAAAAAGAAAGAGAUUCAAAUACUGAAACAAAACAAUGUUAUCCGCAGUGUUAAGCCUCCUUUGCCAAAGAAAAACGCAUCUGACUCUUCCAGAAAGAAAUUAUACUCAAGAAAUUCUAAUUCUGAUACUGUUAUUCCAAAGAUGGAACAUCAUGAUUGGAAAGUUGCUCCAGAUUUGGAAAAAAUUGGCAGGGACAAUUUAGUAAUUAUAGAAUCAAAGGAAUCCUCAAUUCCUGCAAAGAAAGAGAAGAUAAAAUCAUCAAGUGAUGUAAAUGAAGACUUUUCAGAUAGCUUUAGAAGAGUGAAACCACUUGUUGAAAAAGAAAGUGUUCAUGAUGAAAAUGAAUUACCAAAACCUAACACAGUUUCUCAAUUUAGGACUUUAUUUGAAAAAACAAAUAAAGUUACAGAUUCAUUAAGUGUGUGGCGUCAAAGUUCGCCACCAAGAAAAUCUUCUGGAUCUGACACAAAUUCUCCAAUAGUAACAUCCCCUGUUUCUACCCCUCGUUCACCACUUGUAAAAAUGAAUGAUGACAAUGUCUUUGAUGACACAUCAAAAAUAAAUCUUUUAAAAGACCAAGGCAAGUCAAAUUCACCUAGAAAUUCAUCCAAUUUAGACACAAAUUUAUCUUCUCCAAGGAAUAGUUCAUCAACAGACUAUGCACAAAAUGUUGACACAACUUCAACAUCCUUACAAAAGUCUCUAGAAAUGUUUAGAAGAAGAGGAUCAGAAGAUAUGGGGAAGAAGUCAGACACAAAUCUGACACAAAAUAGGAGCAGUUACUCUGAAAAAGACCUUGACACAACAUCAACACGCCCACUAAGUCCCAGUGUUCAGCAUACUUUAACACCAGUUCAUCCCAUGUCAAAAGUUUUUGACUCUAAAUCUGUUUCUAAGAAAACUGAAAAACCAAAGAAGUCGAAACCUACAGUACUUGCUAAAAAACAUCAUCAAGUCCCAAAAGAUACUCUUGAGCUUAAACAUGAAGCAGACAAGCGAAAACAGCAAGAAUUGGAACAGGAAAAGAAAAGAGAAAGUUUGACCUUAAGUGAUGUACAGGAAGUGACAGAGACUGUUGCUUCUGAAGCUGUAUCUGUUGAGCCCAAUAUAAAACCUUCUAGUAAACAAUCUGGGAAAAUUUCUCCGAGGAAGACACAAAUAUUUGAUUCCAAUAAUAUGGUGAAAAAGAAUAGGGAUGUUGGACAAAAUAGAAAUGGGGAUGUAUCAAAUAAAAGUUUAUCAAAUAAUGUGCCAAAAACAGUGUCCAUUGAGAUAAAAAGUAUAGAUGACACAAAAACUAACAAUGAAAAUGAAAAAGAAGUUCCUAUGGAAAUAUCUCCUGUCAAAACUUACCAGGAAGGAAGAAAAAGUGAAGGAUUAACUGAAAUAAAACCAAAUAUUAUUGAAGCAAAAGAUAAUAAACCUAAACCAAGAAAGUUUAAAGUAAAAGAGCAAAAUUUUAUAAAAGCUGAAAGUAUUGCGAAUGAAGUAGAGAAGCCAGUUAUUCAAAAUUCAGGAGAGAAAUCUGAGGCUCCUGUGACUGGAAUGUCAUCUUUUCUUGCAAGUCGCCUGAAAAAAACUCAACCUGAUCAGCAGAAUCAGUUAAAAACCUCUUCUGUUCAUCUUGCAAACGGUUCUUCUCCAUCACCUAUUCCGCGUAAACGACAAGCACCUGAACGCCCAGUUAGCAACGGUUCUUCCAACAUUUCUGAUGUUGAGCCGGGUAAUACAGCGCCUCCUUUACCAACUUCACAAGAACCGCAGUUACCUAAAACAAAUAUUGAUGACAUUCUAAACAGACAAAAGAAAAAGACUUCUCAACCAGCUACUAAAAUGGUGUUUGAUUCAAGUAAGAUAGCUAAUAAGAGAAAAGAACCGCCUAAACGCAAACCUCCAAGGAAAACUUUAGAUCAGAUAAAUGCAACAGACAAGUCAGUUAGUGAUACAAAUGUGCCAAAGCUGGAUUUAUCAAGUAUAACAGAUGAUAAACAGGAGAGUGAGUACCAAGAGGGCUACAUACCAACAAUCAUUAAACCUUGCCCAUUUCUAUUUCAUGGUGCAGAAGUCACUUUUGAGAAAACACCAUACAAAAAGACAAGAAAAGGAAAGGUGAAGAUCUCGUUUGAUGACCAUGCUACAACUACAUUUGAGUACGAGGGUGAGGAAGCGGCCUUGGAGACAUACCUACAGGAACACCCUGACGAGAAAGAUCUGGCAGAGAAUGAGAGUAUAGUGAAUGGUGUUUCUGAUACAAUAGAUGAACCUGUUCCCCCAUCUGAACCAGAAACUCACAUGAAAUCCAACACAGUGUUAGGCACUGGUGGAGGUGGCCUAACUAGUUAUAAGUCAAAAAUGCAGACCCUAGACUUCCAGUUUGGUAUGACACCAGAGCCGGAGCCAGAAAUUGCCUACAGUAUUGCCGAGCCGGAGGAUGAUUCGGAGGGUAUAGAUUUGUUACCAGCAGACGACAAUGAACUCGAUGCUUUCUCAGCGGAAGUAGAUAAGGCAGAUAUGCUGUUUUGAUGUGUAGUCAGUUCUAGUGCGUGUUAUUAUAUACAUUCAUAUGCAAUAUAUGGAAUACUAUGUGUCUCAAUAAACACUGAAUGUAUUUAUACAUUAUAAGAUCAUAAUAAAGAUGACAUAUUCAAUGUAGGCAUAAUAUGACGUGUGUUAUAUAACAGCAAGUGCUGGCCGAGGUUAUUUCAGUGCAUGCUUACUGAAGCAAGAUACCAUAACACUUUCAUCAAUGACAUCAACUUUUUGUUUUUCUUCAGAAUUUACAAGGAAAAUUAAAAGCUUGUUUAACGAAUAAACAGUAUUAUAUACAACUCGAAAUUUGAUACAAAUCUUUAUAUUUUACUGGGAAGUCAGAUGUUGUUAUUACAGGAGAAAUUGAAUGUAAUAAAUAUAUUACGAAGAUCUUAAAUGUGCAUUAAACAUAUUUAGGUUAAGUGUAAUUUGUAUUAGAAGAAAUGAUGCCCUAUAAAGAUUUAUCCUUAUUUUGAGAAGUGUAUGAUAACUGUACCUUUUACUCUAUCAGAAUGUAUAAUAUUAAUAUAUUAACAAAGCUGUAUGGUUCAAAUAUUUUCUCAAAGAGAAAGACUAACUUAAUCAGAAAGGGCCAGAAACUGUGAGAUAAAAACAAAAUGUACAAGUGUCAGGGAUAUACCUUAGAUUCUGUAUAAGGGUAGAUAGACAAAAGUAUGCUGUAUUGCAAGUUAAACUCAACACAAUAGAAAAUGUGCUAUAUUUACAUUAUUAGAACUUAGAAGAUUUGUUUUUUAUAGUAUUUAAUAUUGAAUAAUAGAAAAUAUAUUUUUACAUAAGAAGCAUAGCUAGAUGGUGUAAUUUCUCAAGGGAAUCUUUUUUUAAUAAACUCCAGCUCAGUAAUUUUCACAUGCAUGUUGUGGGAGUGACGGUUUACUUGUUUGAAUUUAUCAAUUUAGAUAGAAUUUAAUCAAUUUUUUUUGAAGUUAUAAACUCAGUGUUCAGUGAUUAUUUGUUUAUAGUAUCAAUAUAAUCUUUAAGCUACAUGUACAUACUUCAUUUUAAAAAAUUAAAUAGAAUUAAAGUAGGUUUAUCACAUAAUAUUGUCAAAUGUUUUGCUUUGUUUUAGUUACAUAAACUACACACUUACUGGAUAUGAAUCAAUACUAGUUGCUGUUAAAUUCAGUCAAUAUUUCUAUGUCUAUAUAAAAUAUAAAUAAUACAUUAGGUUAAAUGGAAAUCAAGAUGAGCCUGUUUCAUAAAGUCACUUUGAUAAAACAUAAUUAUGUUGCUUAUUAUUAGUGAAAAAAAACUUGAUACAUUAUGAUAUACUAAUUAGGGAAAACAGUUAACAGCAUUGAGAUGAAUAUAGUUUCCUGAUUCAUAAAAACGUGCAAUGUUACAUGUUAUAAUGAUAAUGUAUGGUAAGAAAUGACUGUUAGAAUGUGUUCACAUUGCUACAUGUAAAUAGUGUACAUGUUUCUCUAAUCAUGCUUCUUUAUGUCUGUAAUUGUGCAACAGUUACUAGCUGGUCAUGAAUUGUAACCAAAAGCUGUAAUAUUAAAAGAAAGCAGUUGAAAAAGUUCAUUCCAAAAACAUUCCAGUACUGAUGAAGAUAAAACUAAAAAUGUCUCUCCAGCCUGUUUUUACAUGAUUGAAAAAAAAACUUAAUUGCUGAACUUUUCAAGAAGUUAAUAUUUGUAGCUUAAAAACAGUUAGAAACUACAUAUUAAAAGUUAAGGGGAAAAAAAAUCAUAUGAUGAUAUAAUGUAAAUUGAUAGUGACUAUGGUUAUAUUAGAUGGGGAAGAACAUGUUUUAGCCAUGUAGAUUUAUUGAUUUAUUAGUGAUGAUAUUUAAUUAAAGACAGAAUAAAACUAUCCCCCCCCCCCUCACUUAGACAAUCAUAUAUAGGACAAUAAAACAUUCACCUUAACCUGCAAAAUUACUGAAAUAAAUAUUUAUUUUAUCGUAAAGAACACUAAUUUUUCAAUUAUUAUUACAGACUUAGCACUUAGAGAUUAGUAAUUUAAAUAUGUUUACAUUUAGAUUAUUUUAUUUCUUGAUUAUAAAUAAUGAUAUAAUACAUAUAAAGCCACUUUGACAUUAUUAAUGUAACCGAUGAUUUGCUGAAUUUGAAUUGUAUUAGGGAAUUUUCGAAGUAAGUUUUUUCGCUAAAGAAAAUAGGUCAUUCAAAACUUAACUGAAUAUAGAAUAUUUAAACCAUUGGUUAAUUAUAAGGUAAAUGUUAACAGUUACCAUUCUAUCAUUUACUCUUCAGAUAUAUACUACAUAUUAAAAGAAAACACAAUUUUAUGUCGUUAUAACUUAUUUACAUGAUUUACAUGUCUGUUUAGGGUAGACAGUUAUAAGUUACUGAUUGAACAGUGUUAAAUUUUUGUUUAUAAAAACCAAUAAUCUAUUUUGUUUAAAAUGGACUUAAAUGAUAAGGACUUUUUAGCAUUUUGGUUUAGAAAAGUGAAUGUAUGUUCCAAUUAACACUUAACUUGUACAUAUAUGUGAACAAGAAUCAUGGAAUCACUACAUAACUUUGAUACUAGUGUUAGGAAUGCAUGUCUGGUGGUACUAGUUUUUUAAGACCAUUUAGGCUGGUCCCUAGGGUCUUAGCAUGUUUAAUGUACAUUUUGAACUAUCAUAUGCAUUGAAUAACUUACAUUGACUGAUGUUAUUUUAUUUUUUAUUUUUUUGUAUAAAUGUACUUCUCAGAACAAGAUUUUGUAUAGCUGAAAUUGAACUUGAGCAGGAUUGAAUAAAUAAGUGUGUGAAGGUACAGUUCCAUUAAUAAUAUGUAUCACAUAUAUUUUGUCAAUAUACUGUAAAAUUAAGAAACUGUGAUAAUAUAACUCAAUUUAAGUGUGAAAAUUUACCCAAUCAUUAUAUGACUAGAAAGGGCAGAAGUAACAGGGCUUGGAUAAUUGCUCAAUUUUGACAGGUUUGAAAUUGGGCAAAAUAUGGGUCAUGAAAAUACAAGCACAUGGAUGUCAAUAGAGAUUUUAUGGUGUAAAAAAAAAAUCAUGUUGUUAAAAUGUUAAAAUUUAUUAGCACAAAUCUAGUUAAAAGACAAAUGGAUUUUUCUAGAGCUAAUUGAAAAAAAAAUAGGAUUUUUUUUUUUAAAAAUUUGUCGAUAUUUUAAUGUAUACAAUAGUUAAAUAAAAUAUGAAAUACAUGUAAUAUGCACGCAAAAAUAGUUUAGAUACUAGCUUCUUCUAUUAUCAUGUGAGCUUGUAACUUAUAAUAAAAUGUGUACUUCAAUUUUCUUGAACAUUUCAUAUUAAACCCAGCUUUAAGAUGCUUAGCUUUUAAUGAAACACUUGCAUAAUUAUUGUAUAUUAUAUUUUAAAAACAUAUGAUAACUUUGUUUAAUCAUUUUACAUAUUUUAUUUUACUUUCAUUAACAAAAUGAUGGUAUUGAAGUGUUUUCUUGUUGUUGUUUUUUGUUUAGCUUUAUUUGUAAUGUAGCGAUGUACAUUCUAUUUAAUAUUUUUGUAUGUUUUAAACUUACAUAACAGUUCAUUUUCCUCUUUGUGUAACACACAGUGUAAUUGUUUUGUCCAAAACAUUUUUAUAUCAAAAUAUGAUACUAAGAAGUGUGAUUUUAAGAAAUAUACCUUUGUUGUUUGUUUUUUUCAUAAGCAGAGUUUUGUAAAGCUCUUUGCAGAUCACAACACCUUUUACUGGUAUACAAAUCUGAGGUUAUUUGUGUCAAGGUUAAGGUCACUGAGACAAAAAAUAGAUGUUUCAAUUUUUGAGCCGUUAUGUAUGGACUAAAACAUUAGUAAUAUGAUUUACCAACACCUUGCAGUCAUUCACUAAGGUGAAGGUCGCUAAAGCUAUAUAUAUAUUUGUCUUCUAUCAAAAAAUAUAGCCAGCAUUUCUUGACUGAUAUCUUGAUAUUUAGUAUAUAGGUACUUUGCUUGGACUUGCACAGAAAACAUAACAGUAAUCUGUCAAUUACACAAUAAUACUUUAGUCCCCAGUGGUCAGAAUUUGUUUCCCAUAUAUUUCUGUAUACUGGCUUAAUUUCAAAAUAAACAUACACACUAUACAACUAAGCUGAUGCAGUCUGUAUAGGUGAGCGCUCAACAGCUAUUAUGGCUCUCUUGCAGCUGUUUGAACCAGCUAGCUUGCACAUUUCUUGAAAAUGAUUUUUUAUAUUGAAAAGAGAAAUUUUGAUUUCUCAUUGUCCAAUGGCCAUGCUUAAACAUUUCCUAUAGAAAAAAAAAAACAUAUUCCAUGAGUUAUUUAAUCAUUCCAACAAAAGUAAUACAUGUAGUGUUCCUCGGCAUAGUGUAAUGUUUAGCAUAGUUAAGACAUGAUGUGUUAAGGGGUAUAUGCAGCUUUAUGUGUACAUGUAAUCACACACUUGAAAUGUUCACUUAUUUUACAUCGUAGAUAAAAUAGAAGUUUAAUGAUGUCAUUUAAUUGAAUAUACAGAUACUUGAGACAGUAUCAAAAUGAUUUAUCACUUUAUUUGAAGUUUAAAUGUUUGUUGUUUUUUUUCAAAUCAGAUCAAAGGAAUUGCAAAUUCUGAUAUGAGAAAUGUUUCGAAGAUGUUUAUUAAGAUUUAGAAGUAACUAUAUACUGUGAGAAGGUACAUUCAUACUGUGUAUGAUUUUGUUAUAUGCAUUCCAUUCAGAUUUUAUAAUUAUAUAGAAUACUGUCAAUAAAGCUAUAUACAUUUGAUAAAAUAUAUUUUUGUUAAGUUUUAUAUGUUGUUCCUAGGAUUUCCUCUCUCUGAAAAGCAAUAUGAUUGUUUUAAAAUGUUAAAUGUUGAAAAGUUUCCAGUAUUUGAUAUAUCACCUUAUUUUGUCACUGAGCAAAUGAAAGUCUUACUCUGUUUGUUUAAAGCAGCAUGCCUCCAGAUUCAUGCUAAUUUUUCAUGAACAUUUUGAAAAUGUUUUUAAUAGUUAAUAUUGUGAAGUCAACAAAGAAAGGAAUUUACAAAUUUAUGGCACUUACAAUCCAUGUAAAUUACCAAAAAAGAUGUCAAAAUAUGCAAAAAUAACACUUACUGGAUUAGUCACGCAGUAGAAAAAUGGUGAAAAAUACUGCAAAAUCAGUCAUUAAUUGCACAUAACAUUUGAAUUAUUGCUUGGAUCUUAAAUCUUUAACUUUUCUUAAAUCUUAAUACAUUUUGUCAGAUUUGAUUUUCAUGAAAUAUUUUUGCUCAUAUGGAGGUGUGCAGCUUUAAGGGUAAUUGUAAUGUAAGGAUAUCAUGCAAACAUAAAGUCUCUAAUCUGGCAUAAACUAGUUCAAUAUAUAUGUAUAGAAAUGUAUGUGUCAUAAAUCUGAAAGUAAUAUUUUAUAAAGGUUAAACCCCUUCUAAAUUUGUGUAAUGGAUUUGCCCAGCUGUGAAUUUAGAACAGUCCAUUUAAAUUGUAUAGGAUUUCAGUAUCAAAAUACAAUGAUUAAGUUACCAAACAGUAAAGAUCCUGGUCAGACUUCAUAAAUGUCAGGCUUACCUAGCUCUACACUGGUGACAUAGACUUGUUACUGUCAGUUCCAGCAUGUAUAUAAACAUUUCUUGUGAAUUUAGAAAGACAGACUAGUAGUUUGUUACACAGGAUGCCCUGAACAAGGAGUGCAUGUUUUAAGACUCUAUACAAAUGUGAGUAUUGUGUAAUAAUUUAUUGGCUUUAUUGCAUUUUAGAUUGAUGACAUUAAUAUAUAUUGACUGUUAUAAAAUCAUAUAUCUUAAAAACUUGUUUUAAAAACAAGGAAAUAUUUUACCUUUACUGAGAGAUAAGAUUGAAUAAAUUAUUGCUGAAUUAUUAACUGACCCAAAUUUAGAAAAGAUUGUAAGAUCCGAUGGCCAAACAAGUUAUCUUGUUUUCAUUUUUUUCUUGCAACUUUUGUUAUCUAUAUCAAUGUAUUUUUUUGUGUAUUUGAAGUUUUAUUGAUUGUGAACAAAGAUAAUAAAUUUACAUAAGGGUGUACACAUUUUGAAUGUUUUAUCUCUUGCUAUAUCUGUUAUAUUUAAGCUUUAAGAAAGUGCUUUAAACGUAAAAUAUUACCAUGCAAUUUACUAUGAUAUGAUUGUAUUAUAUGUGAAGUUUACCCAUAACAUGCUGGAACUGAAUGUGAGUAGCCUUUGCCACCAGUAUACAGCCAGGCCUGCUGGUACAUUCGUGUACUACAACCAGGCUCUAUUCUGAUUGGUAAAUCAAUAUUUGUAUUUUUUGCAUUGAAAUUCCUUAAACUCUGAAUGGACUGUUCCAAAAUUCAAAGGUGGGCAAAUCCAUUACACAGAUUCAGCAGGCUAAGGGUUGAAAAUAGCUUGAAUUUGUCCAUUUGUUUAUCUUAUAUAGAUAACACAAUUUAAACACUACCCAUAAAGAAAUUCAAUGUUAUACUAUACAAAUUGAACAGUAUAUAAACAGCUUUCUUAUUGUAAUUUAUGAAAAUAUACCAAAUUACCUAAUAUUGUAUUGUUGCUAAUUAUAUACCAUAAUUUAAAUGAUUAAAUCUGUAAUUACCUUAAUCAAGAGAACUUGUUAUAAAUGUUUGUUAACUGAUAAACAUACAUGUAUGGUCUUAAACUGUGAAGCUUACAAGUUUGGGGUAGCAAAUUUUGCUGUGUAUCUCUUAUGAAAUUAUAUAAGACCACUUUUCGGGUUAUGCAGACUUUUAGGGUUAUGCAGUAUUUUCAAACUGCAAACUCGUAUUUGAUUUAGAGUUUGACAUAUACUAACCAGUAAGCAAAUUCAACUUAUAUUUUUAUAGAUGAAUGAUAUGUCAGGGGUCUGAUCAUGUCUGGAGACAAAGGAUCUAGCUUUGUAUGGAUAUAAAAUAAUAUGAGAAUAAUUCUCAAGUGUAUGUCAAGUGUUUUGCUGCCAGAAGUUUGCCACAUAGAUUAUUAAGAUUAUUAACCCCUAUAUAUAAUUAUAGCUAAGAUAGAAGUAGAUAAUAUAUAUCUUCUGUACAGUGUAUAUGGGUUACUGCUUUAGCCAUACCUCUAUUCCUGCUUAGAUCUUAGUAAUUAUGCCUAAAAUAUAAUGAAAUGUAUAAAUUUGCAAGAAUUGACCUACAUGAUUUGAGAUUAUUGUUGAUAAAUUAUUUGGGUAAGAGAACAUCUGAGGUAUUUUAAAUAUAGCAGAAGUGAGGUAAUUUUUUAAUGAAUAUGUUUUUUUAACUUACAGACCUAACAAUAAUAGUUUCAGGUCUCUUGUCACCUAUACAUUCUGACAACAUAAUUAUGUUACUAAUGUAAAAUCAGAUAAGAGGCAGAUAUUUCCCAUAAUGAUCCUUUCAGUCAAAAUUUUGAGAUUAAACCACUAAAAAUUCACUAAGUAUCACUAAGUAUCAUAAAGAUACUUAGUGAAUUUUUAUUUGUAAAAUUGUGGAUAUUUAAUUCCUUGUAAAAAUUUAUGAUUUUACAGUGUUUGGUACUCUGUUGUUUUAGCAUUUUGUCUCCAACUAUCAUUAUGUAGUUCUCAUUUUAAAACAGGUUAUUUUGUUAAAACAGUUUAAUUUAUAUAAAGUAAUACUAUAUGGUAAAAGUUCUUUUCAACAAGUGAGUGGCGUUAUACACAUAUAUAUAUUGUUUCCUAAAAUAAAAAAGCUGUCCGAGACUUGAUAAAAAUGAAAAAAAUAAUUGUCUCAAAGUCAAAUAACACAUUGAAUAUAUAAGUGUUAUUUUGUUGCAAUCACACAUCUCUCAAUCUUGACAUAUAUGAUAGUUCCUCAUAGUUUUUCUGAAGCUUCCAAAACUUCAAACUUAUUUUCUAGCUCAGUAAAUGAGAUCAAGUGUCAUAGUGUAUCAUAUUGGUUAACAUUAAAUUUUGUUAUAUUAAAUCACCUGUUUUGUUUCCUUUAUACACCCACACCAUCCUCUUUCCUAACUCCAUGACUAUUUACAUAUAAAAUGGUUUCAUAUGUUAAUGUCUACUGACUAGUGUCAUAUGUUUAUAUAAUUACUAGCUAGUGUCAUAUGUUUAUAAAACUACUGGCUGAUGUCAUAUGUUUAUAUAUCUACUGGCUGGUGUCAUAUGUUUAUGUAUAUACUGGCUAGUGUCAUAUUUAUAUAUCUACUGGCUAGUGUCAUAUGUUUAUAUAUAUACUGGCUGGUGUCAUGUUUAUGUAUAUACUGGCUGGUGUCAUGUUUAUGUAUAUACUGGCUAGUGUCAUAUUUAUAUAUCUACUGGCUAGUGUCAUAUGUUUAUACAUCUACUGGCUGAUGCCAUGUUUGAAUAUAUACUGGCUAGUGUCAUGUUUGAAUAUAUACUGGCUAGUGCCAUGUUUAUAUAUCUACUGGCUAGUGUCAUAUGUUUAUAUAUCUACUGGCUGGUGUCAUGUCUUGAUUACCAACAAGUUGUACCAAAUAUAAAGCUGUUUUGCUUUAAAUUUGAUUUAAUAUGAAUGAAACAAUCACUAAAAACCAAGUGGUAUUGUUAAAUACCUCUGCAUUAAGGUGCAUUGUUCAAUCUAAAGUUUGUUAAGACAUUAUUAUUCAUCAAAUAUUACUGUAAUGUGAUGUCAUGCAGUAAAGAAGUUUUUUGUUCUGUUAAAGAGUUUGAACUUGUGUAUAAGUUGGGAUUUUAUUUUGAUUAUAGCAAUUUGUGUGACAUUAACAUGUGAGUAUUCAGAUCGCUUAUUUCAUGUUAAAAAUAUGACACAAGAAAGAUAACUUGUAUUUUAGGAAGUAUUUAUCUCCCUUGUUUACAUGUAAUGAAAUAAAGACCUUGCUCUUUAUAACAGUUUAAAUGAACAGUUUAAAUCAUAUAGAUUUGAAGGUGAUAAAUUAUUAUGUCUGUGAUUUUUAAAAGAGAAUAAAAGCAACUUUUAUUUGUUAAUUUCAAUUUUCAUGUACAUGUACACUAUAUAUUAAUAUGUUAAAACUAUAUUAGCAUAUGAGUGUUUUUGUUUGUGCUGUAUUUUGAUUUUUUUUGUCUUUUUGAUUAUGGUAGUAUUGUAUAUAGUCAGUCAGAAAACAGGUAAUAAAUUCAUAAUAUACUU